AUGGCAAAUCUUUGUUUUCAUUUCCCCUUCCUCAUGUUCUCCCUACUUUAUCUCAAGGUUUGUUUCACUUUAUUCCACACCAAUCUUACUACGAAUGAUGAAUUGGCACUACUUGCUUUGAAGUUUUCUGUCAAGGACCCUUACAAUCACUUGGCUAAUUGGUCCAACUCUUCUUCCAUUUGCAAUUGGGUUGGGGUUAUGUGUGAUGCUCAUCAUGAGAGAGUAAUAGCCUUGAAUCUUGGUGAGAUGGGUCUCAAGGGAACUUUGCCCUCAAAAAUUUGGAAUUUGUCUUUCCUAGUUGAACUUGACCUUCAUAGUAACAACCUUUAUGGUGAGUUGCCAAAAGAGUUGGUCCAGUUACACAAGCUGCAAAUUCUCAACUUGAGCUACAAUGAAUUCAAUGGAGAAAUUCCAAUUUGGAUUGGAAUCUUGUUUACCCUUCAACACUUCCAUCUCGGUAAUAAUAGUUUUGGAGGUGUUAUUCCUAGAAGCAUAACAAACUUGUCAAAGUUAGAGACUUUGGAUUGGAAUUAUAACUUUAUUGAAGGAGUUAUUCCAUUUGAGAUUGGAAAACUUCAAAAUUUGAAGAUUUUACGGAUUGCAGGAAACAAGCUUUCAGGAAGAAUAACUCCAACUAUUUCUAACUUAUCCUCACUUGAGUUGCUGUCUUUGUCUUUCAACUCCUUAACAGGAGAUAUUCCAAUAGAGAUUGGCCGUCUUCAAAAUUUAAAAAUUCUAUAUUUGGAUACUAAUAAGCUUUCUGGUCACAUGCCAUCAAAUAUCUUCAAUAUAUCAGAGUUCCAAGAGAUUGAUUUAAGCUGGAAUAAUUUGUCAGGAAGUAUUCCCUCUAAUAUUUGUCAUGGACUUCCAAAAUUACAAAGGCUGCAUCUUCAAAAAAAUGAAUUAUCAGGAGCCCUGCCAUCUAAUUGGAUACAAUGCAAAGAGCUCAAAGACUUACAAUUAGAAUACAACUCUUUGACAGGAGAUAUCCCCGAAGAGAUUGGUAAUCUUAAAAGUCUAGAACUUUUAUAUUUAGGCAGAAAUAAGUUUUCUGCCCAAAUUUCAUCAGCUAUCUUUAAUAUGUCUGAGUUGCGGAAUAUUGAUUUAAGUUGGAAUAAUUUAUCGGGAGGCAUUCCUUCUAAUAUAUGCAAUGGACUUCCAAAUUUACAACAUUUGGGUCUUCAAGGCAACAAAUUAUCCGGACCUAUACCAUCUGAUUGGACACAUUGCAAGGACCUCAAAAGGUUGACAUUAGAAACCAACUUUUUCAAAGGCCAUAUAUCAAAAAGCAUGGGAAACUUAACUAUGCUUCAAUUGUUACGUCUUGAAGACAAUAACCUGGAAGGAAAUAUUCCAACAACUCUGGGUGGCUUGAAGAAUUUGCAAGAUCUCUCCUUAGCACAUAACAAUUUGCAAGGAAAUAUUCCUGAAUCAUUUGGAAAUAUGUUGAGCUUAGUAAAAUUGGAUCUUUCUGAGAAUAAUUUGUUUGGGGAGAUCCCUAAAUCUCUAGAGUUACUUAUUGAUCUUAAGUAUGUCAAUCUCUCCUAUAACAAACUCCAAGGAGAGAUUCCAAGUGGAGGAGCUUUUAAAAAUUUGAAUUUUGAAUCUUUUAUGAUGAAUGAAGCUCUUUAUGGCAUUAUCCUUUUAAGACAUAAACGACAAAAAAAUUCAAGGGGUCUAGUUGAAAGGGAUUUAUCAAAUUUAAGAGUGCCAAGAAGGAUUUCUUAUUUUGAAAUCCAAGAAGCAACUAAUGGAUUUGAUGACAGUAACAUACUUGGGAGGGGCAGUUAUGGUUCUAUGUUCAAAGGAAAGCUUUCCAGUGGAAUGAUUAUUGCGGUUAAGAUCUUCAAUUUUGAUUCCCAUGAAAUGUUAAGGAGCUUUGAAAAAGAAUGUGACAUAUUGCGUAAUGUGCGCCAUCGCAAUUUGGUGAAAGUUAUAAGUUGUUGUUCCAAUGUUGAUUUCAAAUCUUUGGUAAUGGAGUUCAUGCCCAAUGGGAGCCUUGAAAAAUGGUUAUAUUCUCACAACUAUUUUUUAGGUUUUCUCCAAAGGAUGAAUAUAAUGAUAAAUGUAGCAACUGCUUUGGAAUAUCUUCAUCAUAGUUUGUUAGCACCGAUUAUUCAUUGUGAUUUGAAGCCAAGCAACAUUUUAUUGGAUGAUGACAUGGUUGGCCAUGUGAGUGACUUUGGAAUUUCCAAACUUUUAGAUAAAGGAGAAUCUAAGAUAUACACAGAGACAAUAUCUACGAUAGGCUAUAUUGCACCAGGAUUUGGUCACAUUAUUGUGGAUUGUGCUACUCGAAGCAUUGUCACCAUUAGGGAAGGGCAAGUGUAUGAAGCACUAGAAGAAGAUGAGGAUGAGACUGAGUCUUAUGGAACUGAUCCAGUAUAUGAUGAAAUGGUUAUACUUACAGAUCAGGGUAAAGCAUUGUUAUUUCCAACAAGCCUGCUUACAGGACGAAUCCCUAGGAAAAUGCUGAAGUCCAGUAAGAAGUUUAAGAGCUAUUGA